AUGGCCAGCAGGUUGGUAGGCGCCCUCCCUGCAAAAGGAGGGUCCCGGCCCCCGGACGGAGGAAGGGUGGCGGGGCUCUGCCGGGGGAGGCUACGGAGCCUGGGCCUUUCGGUUGCUUUGCCUUAUUGCCUUCCCGGCUUUCCCUCUGAGGGCCUUCCCCGGCCUCUGACCCCUGACCCCAGCCCCCAACCCUUCCCCCGCAGCACCUACGGCCGCCUUUGGCGGGAGUCGCGGGUGACGCUGCAGGAGCUGCUGGCCGAGGAGCUGCCGACGGAGCCGGCCAAGGGCGAGCGGAGCCGGGGCGCCUUCCAGCAGGCGGUGGGCACGCUCUUCGUGCGCUACGUGCAGACGGCGCGGCGGCUGGAGGCCUGCUACGACCAGGUGGUCCACCCGCAGAAGCGCCUGGUGCUCCGGCAGCUGCUGGACGGCGUCCUGGGCCGCCUCCUGGAGCUCAAGCAGCAGCUGGUGGAGCUGGACCUCUCCGAGUACCACUACCUGGACCACGUCCUCGAGGAGCUCAAGCUCACCCCGGCCGAGCUGGAGCUGCCCAUCCCCAAGUACUUCCUGGGCGAGCGCGCCAAGGUGCUGCAGGAGCGCCAGGAGGUGCUGGCGGGGCUCCUCGCCCGCCUGGGACCGGCCAAGGACCUCGCCCCGCCCAGGGCCUCGAUGCCGCGGGAGGAGGCGGUGCGGCUGAUCCAGGUGGCGGAGCGGAUGCGCCAGGGCCGCCUUCGGGCCCGCUUCAUGUGGGAGAUCCGCCGCGACGAGGAGCGGGAGCGCCGGGCGAGGGAGAGCGGACUCUCGGAGCCCAACCGGGACAUGGCCGCCACCUGCAUCCAGAAGGUCCGGGGGGCUCCUCUCGAGGCCAAGGCCGCGGCGGGAGGGGGGUCUUCGUGCCCGGAGGGGGGGGCGGAGAUGGAGCCGGAGCUGAUGGGCCCCUCGCCGGCCAUGAUCCGGGCCCAGCUGGGCGAGGAGCUGCGGCGCAUGCGCCAGGCGGACCACGAGGCCGAGUACCAGGAGGCCCUGGACCACGUCCGCGACGCCAUCUACGAAGUGGAGGGGCCCAGCAUGCGCGAGGCCCUCAAGGACCAGCUCCGCCAGUGGUUCAUCGAGUGCCGGGACCUGACCGGCCGCUUCCCGGAGUACCCCGAGGAGGGCCUGGGGGGCUGCGCCGCCCUCUUCGCCCAGAAGACCCCCGAGGAGGUGAAGGAAGAGCUGGACCUGGCCGAGAUCCAGGCGGAGAAGAAGAAGAAGGAGAAAGGCAAGGAGAAAGGCAAGAAGGAGGAGGAGGAGGAGAAGAAGAAGAAAGGCGGCAAGAAGGAGGGAGAGAAGGCCAAGGACAAGAAAGCGGAGGAAGACGAAGGGCUCGGCGCCUCCCGCUUCCUGGCCGCCAUCAACCAGGGCUUCCUCCGCUACACCGGCUGCUGGAGCGACCGAGACGAGGCCGUCAACUUGGAGCAGCGCUACCAGGAGGAGCUGAUCAAGGCGGAGAAGCGGCGCGAGGUCGAGGCCGAGAUCCGGCUGCAGGUGGACGAGCUGAUGCGGGAGGAGCUGCAGAACCUCCGGAGGGCGGUGGACCAGGAAGAGAUCCGGCCGGCUAAGCCCAAGAAGCCCCGGAGGGCCGGCAAGGUCUGAGGGACCCCCUUCCCUUCCCUUCUGGGGGCGGCCGGGAGGCGGGAAGGAAAGAAGGGAGGGAGGGAUCCCUUGCCAACGGGCUUCCUCUGGCUUUCUUGGCGCAGAAAAAAAGGGAAGAAAGGCAAGAAGGAGAAGGACUUGACCCCGGACAGGACUGUGGACUCUCUCUACGAGGAGCUCGUCCUCCACGGAAUCAUCAAAAGGCCCCCGAAGGUUCAGCUGGCGGAGUACGCAGGUGAUUUCUGCUACCUGGGCACCGUCCUGCGGCAGCAGCGGAUUGAGCCGACGCCGUCGACGCUGGACGUCCGGCAGAACAUCACCCUGUACGCCAUCCUGCGCCUGGGGUCCCCCGCAGUCCACGAGUCCGCGCCGCUGGUGAGGUCGGUGCUGCUGGGUCCGUCGGGCACCGGGAAGAGAUGCUGGUCCACGCCGGUGCACCGAGACGGCGCCAACCUCUUCGACCUCUCUCCGGAAGAACCUGGGGUGGCCCGUAUUUUGUGCAGCCCGCCGCAUCUGGGUGGGAAACGGAGGAGAAGACGUUUUACAAAGAAGGUCCCGAAAGAGGAGAAGGAGUCCGACCCCCGGAGGCUGCGGAAGGACCUGCCCCGGGCCCUCCGCCUGCUGAAGCCCGGCGACCGGGUGCUGCUGAUGGGCACCUCGGACAAGCCCUACCUGGCGGACGUCAAGGGCCUCUGCAAGACCUACGAGCGGAUCCUGCUCAUCCCCCGCCCGGACUACGCCUCGCGAUACGUGGCCUGGCAGCGCCUGAUCCAGAAGCACGGCGGGGCGGUGACCAGCGGGCUGGACCUGAGCUCGCUGACCAAGGUCUCGGACGGCUACAGCCAGGGAGCGAUGGCCAGGGCGGUCCAGGCGGUGCUGAGCGAGCGGAGGCUCCUGCAGCUGCCCAAGAGGCCCCUCCACGCCGCCGAGCUGCUCCAGAUGCUGGCCCGCUCCGACCCCAUCUUCCCGGAGGAGGAGCAGAUGCUCAAGGAAUGGUACAGCAAGACCCCGCUGGGCAAGAGGAAGGCGAAGGAGGAGGAGGAGCUGCUGAAGGCGGCGGAGGCAAAGGACAAGAAGAAGAAGAAGAAGAAAUAGAAGGAAGGAAGGAAGGAAGAGGCGAAGCAGCGCCAGCUCCUCAAGGCCUCCCCUCCCCGCCCCAUGUCUCUGCCCCGCGGACCCUCGCCGUCCUCCCCCUCCCUCUGCUCCCGGGGGGGCGAUGGGGGGCGGCGGGGCGGGGAGGGUCCCGCCAGGAGGGCCGCCGCCGCCCUCCCCCUCCUCCGCCGCCCUCCGCGGCCAAGGGGCGCCCCCUCCCGCCGCAGGGAGCCCCUCGAGUGCCGGGACGCGGUGCUGCAGAACGCCCUCUUCGCCGGGGACCUGGCCCAGGUGCGGCGCCUCUUCUGCCGGGGAGCCCAGGUCGACCUGGUCAUCCGGGCCAAGAGCCAGGACCCGCGCUGGACCUCCCAGGAAUGGGGGAUCUGGGCGCUGACCUACGAGCAGGAGCUCACCACGCCGCUCCAGGUGACGGCCAGCCGGGGCUACCUGGACUGCCUGCGGCACCUGCUGCUCCGCGGCGCCGAGGUGGACCUGGCCCCCGGCGGACAGACGGCGCUCCACGCGGCCUGCGCCGCCGCCACCACCGACUGCGCCCGGCUCCUGCUCUCCUUCGGCGCCGACCCCGAGGCCCUUUCCGAGGAAGGACUGCGCCCGCUGCACCUCUGCCGGAGCCCUGCCUCGCUCGAGUGUGCCCGGCUGCUGCUGAGCCACGGAGCCCGGGUCAACGGCGCCUCGGAAGAAGAGAGGGAGGACCGGCCGCUGCACGUGGCCUCGCGGCUUGGGCUGGCGGAGCACGUGCGGCUCUACCUGGACCACGGGGCCGAGCUGGAGGCGUCCAACGCCGAGGGCCAGACCCCGCUCAACGCCGCCUGCGCCCGGAGCCACGCCGCCAGCCCCGGCGGGGAGGACGACGACGACGGCGCCGAGGCCUGCUUCCGGGUCUGCAGGCUGCUGGUGGCGGCGGGGGCCCGCGUCGAUGCCCCGGAUCGGGACCGGCGGCGCCCGCUGCACCACGCCUGCAAGGCCGCCAACCACCGCGUGGUGGCGCUGCUCCUGGAGCGCGGCGCCAGCGUCAACCUCAUGAACUACAGCGGCGGGACCGCGCUCCAGGCCGCGCUCCAGGAGGCCGCCUACCGCCUCGACCUGCGGCCAGAGCUGACCGUGCGGCACCUUCUCAACCACGGCGCCGUCCGCGUCUGGCCCGGAGCCCUCCUCAAGGUGGUCCGCCAUUGCUGCGCGUCCCCGCGGACCCUGGAGGCGCUGCUCAACACCUACGAGCGCGUGCCCGUGACGGAGGAGUGGGCGGAGGCCGUCCCCGAGGAGCUCCUGCAGCGGUACCGGCGCUUCUUCGAGUCGCUCUUCUCCCUGGGCCGGGGUCCGCGCUGCCUCCAGCACUUGGCCCGCUGCGCCCUCCGAAGGGCCCUCGAGGGUCACCUCCCGGAGGCCCUGGCCGAGCUGCCACUCCCGCCGGCGCUGCUCCGCUUCCUCCUCCUCGACUUCGAGGACGUCCUUUACUAGACGGAGGAGGGCCCGAGCCCAGCCGGAGAGGCCCUCCAAGGACCCGGCAAGGACUGUCUCCCCUGUGAGGCGCUGUGGGCGAUUCCCCCGGUCAGCAAGGGCCCCUCGGCCCCCUCCUCUUGGACCUCGGCUGCCCCUGGGGAUCCUGCCCCCACCAAUAAAGCUCACCUUCGGCGGGA